AUGGAAGGCAACAAAUCCUUCAUCCUCCUCGGAACACUCGAAGCUCCGUACGGCGUGCAGCUGCUCGCGUUCGGCCUGUGCCUGCCGCUAUUCGUCGUCACGGCGCUGUCCAACCUGCUGGUGCUCGGCACAGUGGCCGUGCAGAGGGAGCUGCACAAGCCCAUGUACGCGUUCAUGUGCAACCUCGUUUUGGGCGACCUCAUCGGCUGCACGGUCAUUUUGCCCAAGCAACUGCACAUCUUCCUCACGGGCGACAACGAGGUGUCGCGCGCGUCCUGCGUCGCGCAGAUGUUUUGUAUGAACGUGUUCAUUUGCACCGAGUGCGUCACGCUCACCGUCAUGUCCGUCGACCGCUACGUGGCCAUCUGCCACCCGCUGCACUACCACGCCAUCGUGACCGCCAGACGGACGCUGCUCGUCGUAGUGGCCGCGUGGAGCUUCACGGCGGCGCUGCUCGUGCCGCUCACGAUCCUCGUCGUGCCGCUCACGCUGAAGGACAACGAUCGGCAAAUGCCGGGCAUUUUCUGCGACUACAUGGGAUUCAUUCGUCUCUCCGCCGACGACACGAGCGUCCCAGAAGCGUACAGCUCAGGCAUGGUCGCGCUGCUCUUUGUGUUGCCGCUGUGCGUCAUCAGCGUCACGUACUGCAAGAUCCUUCUGGAGUGCAAGAGGACGCAGGCGAGCGGGUUCAAGAGGAAGGCGACGCACACGCUGCUCACGCACUCCUUCUUGCUCACGGUCUUCUUCACCACGCUCUUCGUCUCCAUUCUCGUCCCCAGGUUGGUGAGGAACGAGCCGAACGCACGCGCGAGGAACAUCCGCUGCGCCUCGCAGUUCGCGACCUUCUUCAUCCCGAUCGCGAACGUCGGCAUUUACUUCUUCAGAACCCGAGCGCUCAGGAAGGAGGCGGCGACUUUGCUUCGGAAAAUGUUCCCGAGUGGCCUUCGCGACUCGAGGCCUCGCAGAGUGUGUGCGAUCGUGAAGUGA